CCAUAAGGAUUCAGGAUUCCCCCACCUUUCCACAAAAUUUCUGAGGUCUAGAGGUCUAGAUUGUGCUGGGAUAUUACUUCCAAUGUGAAAUAGAGAUGUUUUACCUUAUAUUGCUUAGUGUUAUAAAAAGACAAGAUUCUCGGGAAAUUUUUAGAUUUCAGAGACACCAUAUGUUAUAUUUGAGUAGUCAGCCUCCACCCACUGACCAGGGGACCUGUUGAACUGCCAGUGUUUUGUGGAGUCCAAAGCAAGAGAAAGUCUGAAGGAAUCUAGGCGUCAGUACAAGGUGGUCUACCACAUGGUCAAUUUGAUCUAGCACAUUCUAUGACAUUACAAAUGCAUAUAGCCAGUAGGGAUAUUUUAUGGAGCCUAUGCUAAGCCUCCAAAGCAGAAACACAAUGCAUACCGCUUCAAAGCUAUUCCUGCUUCUCUAGGUAAGUUUUUAUUUUGAAAGACAGUUUAUGUCUUGCUACCAAGCCUUUGUUAGCUGAAGAGCUGACACUAGACCAUCGAAUGAUGCAGUGACCAAGUUACUUAUUAUGAACUGAGUGUAUCUGACCCUCAAACUGUAAGUUUGGGCAUAAGCAGCAGUAGUUUGUCAAGUGGAAAUGAUAGAGAAGAGGAAGGACUUAUCAGUGUCUAAAAGGUAUAAGUUACAUGAACAGCUGCUUCUUAUACUUCCUCCAGCUCUAUUGUUCCCUCUACUACUAUCUGAAUUUAGAACCUCAAUCUAUGCCUAUGCUGGUUUUUACUGGAAAUGCACUGCUCAGAAAUUCAGCCUCAGAGACUGAGGAUUUAGUACAGUGCCUUCCUUGGUAGGCACAAUGUCCUGAAUUUGAGUCCCACUACCAAAACAAACAAGCCCAGACCAGACACCAGGGAUGGGAAACAAGCUUUACUUCUUGGUGAGGAGAGUCAGGUUGCAAGAAGUCUUACAUACAGGGAGGUCAAGAAUGAGUGUGGAUAUUUUGCAAAUAAAAUAGUACUUUAGUUUAUAAACUUAAUUUGUUUUAGAAUUUUGGGGAUGAUGGCUGCAUUUGUGUUUAUGUGGAGAAGAUGGCCAUAGUUGCAUUUGUCUCCUGAUGCAGAGUUUGCAACCGGGAGCAAAAUUUUGCUGAACACUUUUGUUUGCAAACUGAAUUGUUUGAAAAUGGAAGCACUUCAUUAACGGAGGUAUUACUUUAAUCUUCAGUAGUAGUGUCCCAUGUGAAGAUUCACCAGAGCCUGUCACUGCAGAGAAGGGUCUGCAGUGGGUUCCCUACAGAGGAGGGUCCCAGUAAUGGUCCUUGGACAAGAUGACAUAUUUUUAGUCAAUCUAUCUCUUUCUCCAACUAUCUUCAUGCUGGCCUAAUGAAUCCAGGUGUCAGAAAUGGAGGCUAUGUAUGGGAUCAACCAUAUGGGUAAUUAUUAUUGCUCAGAAAUAUUUUCCUAGACUUCUGCUCAGAUAAAGUUUUAGUGAGAGACAUGAUAAUUUUCCUUUCUUUUUGGAGAGAAAAUUUCCGUCAAACUGUGGCACCUUGCUAGUGCAAACAUAAAGUUGUCUUGCUGUAGAUAUUCAGAUUUGUGUGGAAGGGCAGGUGCAGAGAAGCCAAGGGGUGGACUGUGUCAGUUGUUAAACUACUGACUUUUCAUGAUAAAGCUCAUUCCCUGCAACUGUUGUGUGAUGCUGGUAGGGCUCUGAAAACUUAAAAUCUCCUUUGUCAGCCUUUUUUUUUUUUUUUUUUUUUUUUGGAUUUUUCAAGAGUGGCAGAAAGCGGGGGGUGGGGCGGAGAAUGAAUGGGAGGGAGACAUAGGAAGAAUGGACAGGGACUCCAGUCUUGUUUGCUUGCUACUUCUCCCAGCAACAGAAGCAGACAGACCUGCAAUCUGGCAGCAGGGGCUGUUACCUGAUUUCUAUUCUGUUGGUACUCCCAGAACCACAGGCAUUAUUUCCCUUCAGCACCAGCUGGGCAGUGCCCCUAUCUCUUCUCAGAAGUCAAAGUCCCAUUUCAUUGAGCUGUUUUUCUGAAUUCUGACAAUCUAGGCCAGUGGUGGUGAACCUGUGGCACGCAUGCCACAGUGCUCUGUUUGUAUCUGUGAAAGCUCUGAAAGGUUCAUCAUCGUUGAUCUAGGCUCUUUGCUUUGUGCCUUCAGCCCUAGGAAAUUAAGCUGCUUCAUUACCUAGGUCAUUACAUAUGUCUACAGGUAACAAAGUCCUUAUACCAUAUACAAAACAGGAUAACAGUAUUUGGAGAUAAGCUCUGAGUAAUUAAAGAUGUAUAUUGUAGGAGCUGAGGGUAUAAUUCAAGGGUGGAGCAUGGGCUUAGCAUGCAUGGAUCCCAGGGUUCAAUCACCAGCAUGACUCAACUGCAGGGACACACACACACACAUACACACACACACACACACACACACACACACACACACACAUUGUAUACUGUAGACCUUAGGGCAAUCAUUAACCUUUUUUUUCCACUUAGUGCCCCAUCUCUUUUUUACAUUCCUCCCAUAUUAAUGGGGUUUGGAAGUUUGGGAACUAUAUUUCCCAAAAUUCCUUGUGGGAAAGGUUACUAGUUGAAGCCUAUGGAUGCAAAAAGCACAGUUGUUUCUGAUUAUCUUCAUUAAUCAUGCCUUAUAAAGUCUCUGUGGAACAGAGUAAUUCAGCAAAUAUUGGACUGUUGCUCCUAGAGGAAAGAUUAGGUAAAGUUUAAGUUCCUGUAAGCCUCUGAUCACAGCAUUUUUGUCUACUAAUCAAUACAGCAAUCUUAUUUUGUGUGUGUUUUUGUUUAGAGAUGCCUUACUUAAUAUGUAUUGUUAUUUAUUAACAUUGAAUUCAAACAAUGGCACUAUGAUGUGUGCCCUAAUGAAGCUUUAACACGUAUAUUUUCUUGCUUUGUGUUUGGGAGCCCUGAGAAAGCAUUUCAGCACUAUGUCUGCCUGCACACCAUUUUGAAAAGUGAGUUCACCAAAGGGGAAGAAUAAUGCACAAAAAUACAAUCACUCUCAAAGAAAAAACAAAAAACAGCACCAAGUGAAAAAGAGUACCUGCUUAUAGCAUGAGAGCUGAAACAAGAGGAUCACUUUAAGGAAAAAAAAAUCUCAGCUGGGAACUUAUAAUUGAGCUGACUCAAACUUUUCAUCAUUUUGGGCAUGUCCAUAAAUGACCACGAGGUGCUGCAGGUAUUCAAUUUGAGUUUACAAUACAUUUUUCUCAGUAGCCUAAUUCACAAAUACGGAAUCAGAAUCUUUGAGAAGCAAGGGUCACUGGUAUGUCCAUUUCAAUGUGCCCACUUACCAGGGUAGAGGAAAGAUGGUAGAGAACUCCUACUUCACUUAGAAUUGGCUACUAUUUUUGCCAGGCUUCUAAAGGUUGCCCCAUGUUGGGAGCCUGGCCGAGUGAUAUGAGGCCUGUGGAGAGGAGUGAAGCCUGAGCUAGAUUGCCCCUCCCAUCGACCGAGUGGUAUGAGGCCUGUGGUGAGGAGUGAAGCCUGAGCUAGAUUACCCCUCCCAUCGAAUAAGCCAAGAUGGCACCCAUUUCCUGCUCCCUAGCUAGUAAACAACACGCCCUGUGAGCUAGUCUGCCCAGCAACAGCUGACGCUGGCCAAUCAGCUCGUCUUGCCUACUUUGAUGUGAUUGGUUACUGUGUCCAUAUAUAUGCUGGCACCACCCCUGGGGCGAACACACACACUAGGAAGAAGGAUUGCUGAGGGAAGCACACAAGGAGCCGCAGGGAGCGGACCAGAGGAGGCUUCCCUCAGGCGGGGUCCGAGAUCCCGGAGCAGAGCGUACGGAGAGAGAAAAUAAACCAAAGGCUAUCCGCCGACUACUCGUGUCGUGUGUUUUUUCCUGCCGGCCGGGAUCGACACCGACAUUUGGUGGCCCGUACGGGGAACUGAUCACCCCCGAGACGAGGCGGACGACGCUCCAGUAUUGCUCUGCAGGACAGGAACCAGGACGAGAACCAUUGUGGGUCCCAGAGCGGCUGACGCGCGUGGCGAAUCCAACGAAACACAAUGCAGGAGACACUCCAAAACUCAACGGCAGCGGACAGCCUGAUCAAGAUCGGUCCGACCAAGAUAUUGCUGCUUGACCGAGGAAUACCGUAUGACUUAUGGGACACAAUAAUGAUUAUGCUCUCGAUGGUAAUUGGCUCUCUUUUAGGGUACGGUGCAGCCAGAGUGGCUAGGCCACGCCGCCUUCCGGCAGCCCCCUUCCUUCUGGCUUUGAUGCUCACCACUACUACUGAAAUAGGAGCAGACUUGGUGUGGGCAGCAAUACAUCACCCGCCAGCGCUAGCCGCUAUUUCCACUACAGCCCCCUCUCUCCCAAAGUUGUAUGCGAAAAACUGCUCCGCCAGAUUGCCUUGCAUACCAGAUAUACCACUGACCAUCAGACCCAUACGUUUUGACCUUCCCAUCACUAAUGAUGUGGUCAUUUUUUCCACUAAUAGUAACCCCUCGUGUCAUCGGGGAUCCUGCGUUAGCUUCCUGCCCCUCCUUGUAAAGUGGUAUAAUACCUCCCUGACAGUGAGGUUGUCUGUCCCAUCCCUGCAUUCGCCUGGAUGUUUUAAAGCCGGCCUACUUAGCGGCAGAGUCAUCACUUUUAACUCAACCUGCAAACCCCGAGCAGCCAUGCACACCCGUCCCGAUUUCCCCACAUGCCCAUACCGUGUGUCCCCAAGCCGAAAAAGACAGAUGGUGGACCUGUCACAACUUUCAUGGCAGCCCUGUACUGUCGACGGCGUGGGAGUGACUCAUCUAAACAUGUCUUGGUGGUCCCGGUUUUCUCCUCCAUCCGGUAGUAACAACAUAUUCGCGCUGACCUGGUGGGAGUCCUACCUGAGAGUGAACAACAGGUUGGCAAUAAGUUUCCCCUUCCCCCUUAAUGAAAACUGGUUGUGCCUUUCCACCGGAGCCUGCAUGGACUUAAGACCCAUGCUCGCUAUUAACGCUUCUGCCUCUAAUGGAACCACCAAUGUCACCCUUAAUUCUGAGGCUGCAUGCGUAAAACCGCCCUACUUGUGGGUAUUCUCUGUUGACAUCACCUUCAGAUGCAGUAACCAACCAUGCUUUACAGGGAACUGCUGGAAUGGGUCUUUCCCGUAUGCUAUGUUGGCUCUUCGACCCCCACUGAUGUGGGUUCCCUUUAACGAAUCUGUUUGGGUUCAUCCCGUCUAUCAGCAGGACCAACUACCCGUGCUCAGACGUAAGAGAGAUUUUGGGAUCACAGCGGCCCUGACAGCACUGUUCGUGACUCUGACUGCGACGGCUGUGACGGCUGCCGUUGCUCUGACCCAGUCUACGCUGACGGCUCAGGCCUUUGCCAAUCUUACAGACACCACCUCCCUGGCGCUGAGGGAGCAACAAGAAGUUAACCUCCUCCAGCACAACGCCAUAAUGGCGUUACAGCAACAAAUCGACCUAAUCGCUCAGGAAGUCCAGGGACUCUGGGAGGUGGCUAACAAUUUGUGUGACGCCAGAUGGGCAUUCACCCAGUUGUGCGUUACCCCCAUCCAGGUCAACCGUUCGGCUUACAGGCAAUUUCAGGAUUAUGUUCUUACCACCUAUAAUUCUUCCUUUUGGAAUGCUAGCGUGCGCCUGGAUAUGACUAUCCGACAGCUAGAUCAGAUAGAGGUGCCUAUACUUACAGCCUCCUUUUUUGAUGAUGUCCUAAGCCAGAUAGGCUCCUUCUUCAAACCUUCGUCACUUCUUGCGUAUGGGAUCAUUCUUGCCCUCAUGGUUGUCACUCUCGUGACUCUUAGGUGCCUGCGGUCGAUAAGGGCGACCCAGAAGACACAUAUGACAUUGAUGAUGUUGCUGGCCCAGAGUCAAGGGGAUUCCACACCUAGCGUUUUCUGGGCUCAGGCUAGAAAGGCACGGCUCCUUUAACAAGUAUGUGGCUGCCCUCGCCAUUAUUCUUACGGAUGUUCUAGUAUUAUUACGUACGUCUCCUUCCCCGUCGCGGCUGCGAACCUAGACUAGAAGGGCCCCACGCUUAAGACGUGUUCCCAUUGAUAAUUAGAAAAUAGUGAUUAGCGAUUGUAGUGAACGGGGAUUAUGGUUGGUAAUUAGUGAUUACGCGGUUCCUCAAAUGUCACUCGGCGGACCCCUCCGUGUCUCCCCCAAGAUAUCAGCUUUAAGAGUUGAGUGGGCAAGCCAACGACGGGUAAGACGGGAGAAAUUCUCCUGAUCAACCUAAGACAGGCUCCACUCCAAGGGUCCUCUAGGGAGUGAGAGUUAUGGCAUUGAGAUGCGAGACCAAGGGUACUGCAGUGCCAUCCGCCUCAAGGGUUGAGGGGAAGGCAGGAAUGAAUGUCUAUAUGCAUCCAGGUUCGGUUCACAAAAGCCUGGCCCUGCGAAAAAAUGAACCACUCACCUUGAGCAUGGUCCUGGCGCAAGGAUAUGCACGAGACAAGGUGAUGCACAGCAGGGUAUAGACCUCUACAUUCUCUCAUGCCUCGGCCUACAAAAUAGGCCCACUCUCAGACACCACACAUGGACCCGCACACCGCACUAUCUUAAUAAAUAAAGAAGGGGGAGAUGUUGGGAGCCUGGCCGAGUGAUAUGAGGCCUGUGGAGAGGAGUGAAGCCUGAGCUAGAUUGCCCCUCCCAUCGACCGAGUGGUAUGAGGCCUGUGGUGAGGAGUGAAGCCUGAGCUAGAUUACCCCUCCCAUCGAAUAAGCCAAGAUGGCACCCAUUUCCUGCUCCCUAGCUAGUAAACAACACGCCCUGUGAGCUAGUCUGCCCAGCAACAGCUGACGCUGGCCAAUCAGCUCGUCUUGCCUACUUUGAUGUGAUUGGUUACUGUGUCCAUAUAUAUGCUGGCACCACCCCUGGGGCGAACACACACACUAGGAAGAAGGAUUGCUGAGGGAAGCACACAAGGAGCCGCAGGGAGUGGACCAGAGGAGGCUUCCCUCAGGCGGGGUCCGAGAUCCCGGAGCAGAGCGUACGGAGAGAGAAAAUAAACCAAAGGCUAUCCGCCGA